AUGUCACUUGCAUCCAAUAACCUUUCGGGUAGUCUUCCAUCUGCUUCAACCUACUGGCAAACGAAUCUACAUUGUCUGCAUCUAGGUAAUAACAGCAUAGAUGGAGUUAUACCCAGCUCAAUCUCCAAUUCUUCAAAUCUAAGGGAAUUACAUCUUUAUGAUAACAAAUUCAGUGGCCCGAUUCCUAAUAACUCUUUGGGGGAUUUGAGACAGCUUGAACGUUUGAGAUUCCAUCAGCAAUCUCCCACUUCUCUUGAACGAUUUAGUUUAUAUUAUUCUGAAAUUAGGGGACAGAUACCAUUAGGAAUUGGUAAUUUAAGUAACUUAAACACUUUGUCCCUAUUCGGCAAUGACUUGACUGGAUCAGUGCCAAGAACAGUAUGUUAUUUACAGAAUCUUCAAGUUUUAGCUCUUGAUCAAAAUAGGUUAACUGGACCCUUCCCAGAGUGCCUUUGCAAAUUGCCGGAAUUGGGCUCCGUUAGUUUGUCGUAUAAUCAAAUAUCGGGUCCAAUACCAUAUUGCAUUGGCAAUACUACCUCUUUGAGAAAUAUUUACCUAAAUUCAAAUAGGCUCACUAACAUACCCAUGAGUCUAUGGAGCCUCAAAGAUCUUCUAGUGCUUGACUUGUCCAAUAAUUCUUUGGUUGGUUCUUUACCUCCAGAUUUUGGAAAUUUGGAUGCCAUAACAUUAGUAGAUUUGUCGAGGAAUCGCCUUUCAAGAAGUAUUCCAACCACAGUCGGAGACUUGCAGAAACUAAUUUAUCUUUCUUUGGCUUUCAAUGAGUUGCAAGGAUUUAUUCCUGAGCCACUCGGAAAAAUGAUAAGUUUGGAAUCGGCGAAUCUAUGCAAUAACAUUCUUUCAGGUAUGAUUCCAAAAUCAUUAGAGACACUUCGGUAUCUGAAGGAUUUCAAUUCUUUUAUGGGAAAUGAUGAGUUAUGUGGUGGUUUCCUUUUCCGACCUUGUAAGGCUAGGUCUGUUCAUCACUCAUGGAGAAGCAGAUUUCUUCUGAUUGUACUUGUCCCAUUGGUGGUUCCAUUAAUGGGACUUGGCUCAAUUGUUGUGUUCAUGUUCAUGUUCAGGAGACGUAGAAAUAAUGUUCCAACCCAAGUCGAAUCCUUACCUGCAACAACGAUACUAGCCCGGAUUUCAUACAUUGAAAUCGAAAGGGCAACUCAAGGGUUCGACCAAUGCAACUUGCUAGGGCGUGGAGGUUUCGGUUCUGUUUACAAGGGCAUCUUUGCGAAUGAGAUGGUUUUGGCAAUCAAAGUGUUUAAUUUACAGAUUGAAGGUGCAUUCAAGAGUUUUGAUACUGAAUGUGAAGUUUUACGCAACCUUCGCCAUAGAAAUCUUACCAAAGUUAUCAGCAGUUGUAGUAACAUGGAUUUUAAAGCAUUACUUGUAGAGUACAUGCCCAAUGGAAGCCUAGAGCAAUGGUUACAUUCUGAUGAUUACUACUUGAAUAUGAUCCAAAGAUUAGACAUAAUGAUCGAUGUUACAUCAGCUUUGGAAUAUCUCCGAUCCAUCAUGGUUGUGCAACAGUCGUUGUACAUAGCGACUUGA